GUUGGUUUCUCUGUGUAAAACAAAGAUAUCAUCCUCUCCCUGGCUACUGAGUACUUUAACAAAGAUAUCGGUACACGCUUUACUUGUUGAUGGAUUCUGCUGGUACAGUUUCAGCUCAAGCAAAUGGCAAUGGCAAUGGCAAAAUCGAGAAGCCUCUUCACAUAGCCAUGCUCCCGUGGCUGGCCAUGGGUCAUAUAUAUCCUUACUUUGAGGUGGCCAAGAUUCUUGCUCAGAAGGGUCAUCAUGUAACCUUCAUAAACAGUCCCAAAAACAUUGAUCGCAUGCCCAAAGCUCCCAAAAACUUACAACCAUUCAUUACAUUGGUGAGACUACCAUUGCCACAAGUAGAGCAUCUUCCAGAAGGUGCAGAGAGCACCAUGGAACUUCCCCCAGGAAAGAACUGUUUCCUCAAGAAGGCUUAUGAGGGUCUCCAAGUUGCCGAGGUGCUCAAAACUUCCAAGCCUGAUUGGCUAUUCUACGACUUUGCAGCUGCCUGGGUAAUCCCAAUAGCUAAAAGCCUCAACAUUUCCUGUGCGCAUUACAACAUAACCCCAGCUUACAACAAAGUCUUCUUUGAUCCACCAAAGGGCAAAAUGAAGGAUUUCUCCAUUGAAACCAUAUGUGGCCCUCCCACUUGGCUUCCUUUCCCCACAACACUUCGUCUCAGGCCUUAUGAGUUCCUCAGAGCAUUGAAACGUAACAAAGACGAGGAGACAGGGGAAAAGGCUAACUUUGAUCUCAACAAAGCAUAUUCCAGCUGUGACUUGUUUCUUCUCAGAACCUCCAGAGAGCUUGAGGGAGAGUGGUUAGAUUAUCUUGCUGAUAACUACAAGGUCCCUGUGGUUCCAGUGGGGUUGCUUCCACCAUCCAUGCAGAUAAGAGAUGUUGAAGAGGAAGAUAAAAACCCUGACUGGGUCACAAUCAAGGACUGGUUGGACGGAAAAGAGUCCUCUUCAGUGGUGUACAUUGGAUUUGGGAGCGAGUUGAAGCUGAGUCAGGAAGACCUCACUGAGUUGGCCAAUGGCAUUGAGCUUUCCGGGUUGCCUUUCUUUUGGGCUCUGAAGAACCUGAAAGAGGGGGUGCUCGAGUUGCCAGAAGGGUUUGAGGAGAGAACGAAGGAUCGUGGGAUUGUUUGGAAGGGUUGGGCACCCCAGCUUAAGAUCUUGGCUCAUGGGGCAAUUGGGGGAUGCAUGAGUCACUGUGGUUCUGGUUCUGUGAUUGAAAAACUUCAUUUUGGGCAUGUGCUUGUGACCUUACCUUAUUUGCUUGACCAAGCCCUGUUUUCAAGGGUGCUGGAGGAAAAGAAGGUGGCCAUUGAGGUGCCAAGGAGCGAGAAAGAUGGGUCCUUUACUGGGGACUCUGUGGCCAAGACAUUGAGGUUUGCAAUCGUGGAUGAAGAGGGAGGUAGUUUAAGGAAGAAUGCAAAGGAGAUGGGGAAGGUUUUCAGUUCUGCAGAACUUCACAAUCAAUACAUCGAAGGUCUCAUUGCUGCACUUUACAAGUAUAGGAUUCCUUCCACCAGUUAAGCAGCGUUUAUGCCUUCUAUUUUCUCAAUUUUCUCUUCUUUUAUGUGCUUCUUCCUCUUGUAAUAAAGGAAUACCACUUGAA